CUGCCCUUAGAGCGAGCUACUGGGUGUUUCACAUCUCAGCAUCUCUGACAGUGACUUUGCUUACAAAAAGAAACUUCCUUGUCCCGGAGACUUGAACAAUCCUCCACGUUCGGCACACAGCAGACUGUAAGACAAGGAUGUGUCACUUACCUGCCCUCCUCCUCAUUCUCUCAGUAACCGUGAGCUGCAGCGAAGCGGUGCCAAUUCACAGAUUGCAUUCUGAGGACAUUUCUCACUUCACACCUGCAAAGAGAUGGAGUUUAUCAACGCAAAGCAAGCAAAUAUUACUGGGACCCACACGUGAAAUGUCACAGGUGCAAAGCCCAAACACACAAAGUCACCACCUGGAAAAGAGGAAAUGCAACACCGCUACGUGUGUGACACAACGUCUGGCUGACUUCUUGGUGCGAUCAAACCAUCACAUCGGGGCAAUUUAUUCCCCAACUAAUGUGGGCUCCUACGCCUACGGAAAGAGGGACAUUGUUGGCCUUUUAAGCAGGGAAUCGUUUGAUUAUCUUCAGCAUUAAUGUGCAGUUUGAUGCGUUUCAUUCUUAGGAUAUAUUUCUUAUGUAAAUGAUCAUUCUUCUCAGUUCCGGUACACUUGACCAGUGCCUUGUUUCCUUUGCUUGUGUAUGUUUGAUGCUUUUGAUUGUUUCAUUCUGACAUGUAAAAUCGUUGACUUCAGCUGAAAGAAAUUUCUUCAGACUGAGUGACAUCAUCACUUGUAAAAAGUUAUACAUAACAGAGGCUACAAAUAAACUGAUCUGAUUGCUGCAAGUUUUUUUUAUUAAAAUAUUGAAACCGUA